AUGGUAUUCGAACAUUUGAUGGCAUUUUUUAUCGAUAAAUUUUUGGGAAAUUAUAUCGAAGAUUUCGAUUGUGAUAUUAUUCUUGAAAAUGUUCAUUUAAAAACCAAUGCACUCAAUGAUUUUAAUGUUCCACUUGAAAUAAUAACUGGCUAUCUUGAAAAACUUCGAAUUCAUAUUCCAUGGAAACAUUUAUAUACACAUCCAAUGAAAAUUGAUUUUGAUGGCUUUUAUUUACUUGUUGCACCAAAAACUAAUGUCAAUUAUGAUGUUGAACGAAAGGAAAAAGAAGAAUAUGAAUCAAAAAUGAAACAAGUUAAGAAAGUGGAAGAAUUUCGUCGUGAACGAGAAUUAUUUGAAAAAGAUAAACAAAGUCUUCAUCAUAAAGACACAUUUUUCGAACAUUUGCAAUUUCAUAUUCUGAGAAAUCUUGAAAUUGAAAUUAAUAAUAUUCAUAUUGCUUAUGAUGAUAAAACAACAAAAUCUUAUCCAUUUCAAUGUGGAAUUACACUUAAUUAUAUUAGACUUCAUACAACAAAUGAUCAAUGGGAAGAUUUUGAAUCAAAAGAUGAUUCGAAAAUAAUUUACAAAUUGGCACAAAUAAAUAAUUUAUCAAUUUAUUGGAAUUCAAAUAUUAAAUCAAGAUUAGAUUUAUCUAAACAAGAUAUUAUUGAAGAUUUAAAAUCAAUUAAGCAACUUAAAUAUCCAAAAAUGAAUUUCAUUAUUCAACCAUUAAAUUGUCAAGCUAAAUUAAAAAUUGCUAAAACAGCUCAAGAACAAGAUUUUGAAGAAACUGUUCUUGCUACUGAUAUUGAUUUUGAAGAUAUAUAUUUGAAUAUU